AAUUUCAUAAGAAUGUGCUGUGUUAUCUUUGUGUGAAAAUUCUUGAAAUAUUAGGUUUAUCUAUUUCGUGGUGUUAGCCUUUUUUUUACCAUGGAGAUUUAUCAUCAGAUGCAGUUUGAUUGCGGUGAUCCGCAUUUACCACCGGGGUUUCGGUUUCAUCCAACUGACGAAGAACUUAUUACUUACUACUUGUUGAAGAAGGUUCUGGACUGCAACUUCACUGCUAGAGCUAUUGCUGAAGUUGAUCUCAACAAAUGUGAACCUUGGGAACUUCCUGGGAAAGCGAAAAUGGGAGAAAAAGAAUGGUAUUUCUUCAGUCUACGUGAUCGGAAGUAUCCAACAGGGCUGAGGACUAACAGAGCUACUGAAGCGGGUUACUGGAAAGCUACUGGAAAAGAUAGAGAAAUUUUCAGUUCAAAAACAUGUGCACUUGUUGGUAUGAAGAAAACCCUAGUUUUUUAUCGAGGAAGAGCACCAAAAGGAGAAAAAAGUAACUGGGUUAUGCAUGAAUAUCGCCUUGAUGGCAAAUUUGCCUAUCAUUAUAUCUCCAGGAGUUCGAAGGACGAGUGGGUUAUCUCGCGGGUCUUUCAAAAAAGCACCGGUUCUAAUGGUGCCGCUACUUCAACUGGUGGCGGCAAAAAAAGGCUAAGUUCAAGUAUAAACAUGUACCAGGAAGUGAGUUCACCGUCUUCCGUCUCUCACCUUCCGCCGCUCCUCGAUUCCUCUCCGUAUAGCACUACCGCCACUUCCGCCGCAGCUAUCGUAAUCGGCGACCGCGAUCGUGAUCAUAGCUUCAAGAAGGAGCACGUGCCCUGUUUCUCCACAACUGCUACUGCUACAAUAACUGCACAGAGUCUAACUUUCGAUCCAACUUCUGUCUUCGACAUUUCAUCAAACACCUUGCAUGCACUACAGCCAACUCCAAGUUUCGCUUCUAUUUUGGACUCUUCUCCAUCUAAUUUCACUAAUUACACAAGGAAUUCAACUUUUCCAAGCUUAAGAUCACUCCAUGAGAAUCUCCAGCUUCCGUUAUUCUCCGGCGGAACCUCCGCCAUGCACGGCGGAUUUUCUAAUCCGAUGGUUAAUUGGACCGUGCCGGAGACUCAGAAAGUUGAACAGUCUGAACUUGACUGUAUGUGGAGCUACUGAAUUAGCAAGUGCUUAAUUUUAAUUAAGACGUUAAUUAAUUAAGUAAUCAGUGUGUUAAUCUUUGCUUUUUGUUUAGUAUGUACUGCGUGUGGCAGCUUUAGUGGUAUUGUCACUUUGUUGUAAACGUUCAGCGUAAUUUAAUGCAUGCUAUUAUUUCUCGAC